AUGGAUUUUGAAAUAUGCGUUUGUUUUAGCCAGGCAAUAAGCAGCACAGAAGGCGGAACAACCGCUCCAACCACAACGGCACCAACUGCAACUAGCGAACAAGCACUAAUGAUGCUGAAUCUGAUCAGACAAAUGACUGGCACUAAUCUUAACGCAUCUACGCAACCACCCGAAGAACGCUAUCGGACCCAGAUGGAACAACUGGUGAGUAUGGGCUUUCGUAAUCGCGAAGCGAACAUACAAGGUAUUUCAACUGAUACAUUUUGA